UUGUUCCAGAAAAGCGAUUGUACAUUCUAGUGUUUUCCCAUGAAAAGACAUUUGCAACUGCCAACGCGGCAUCACCCGAUAUUAACUUUUACAUUCACCCUACGGUUAUUGUUGAACGCAUGGCAAAAUCACUCCUUGAGCGCAAGUUUGUCCUUCUAUUUGGCCACCGGCAAAGUGGCAAGACAACAAUUGCACACUCCACAGUGUCAUAUCUGCAAAAUAUUUCGCAAAAUCACCAAGUUCCUGGUUAUGAACAAACUGGUUUUGAGGUAUAUUACAUAUCUUUCCAAAGUGGUAUUGAAUUUGGGAACACAUCACGAUUCUGGUGGUCACUAUGUGCAACACUGAUGGCAAAGAACAACUCACGGUUCAAAUUCGAGAAUGCCAGCCGAAGUGCAUCAUCAGCCACAUUCUUGUCAUUCUUUUCAAAGUGUCCGAAAAGUCAACAAAAACCUGUGAUGCUCAUUAUUGAUGAAGCUUCUAUGUUGUAUGAGAUCAAAGACACCCCUGGUGGAAUUGUCGACCAGUUCAUUGGCACAUUACGGGCCAUCAAAGAUGACAUUACAGGUUGCUGUCUACACUCUAUUGCUCUUGUGGGUACUGAGUCAGUAAGAGAUGUUCUGAUCAGCCGACAAGUAAAAGGUCAAUCAAUUUAUUCACCAUUUUCUGAGGAGGAAUCUUACCAGUCAUCUCGUUUUUCUCAAAAUGAAGUCCAGGAUCUUUUGAACCAAUUUGUAUCUGUCAAAAAAAUUGAUCUCGAUGUUGAUGAAAUUGCUAAUGACAUCUAUGAACUCACCCUUGGUCACAAAGGGCUUGUUGGUAUUUGUGGAAACUUUAUUGAGAAUACACUAUUGGAGCACAGCCGUACAGUGUCAUUCCAGGACUGGAAUAAAAAUGCAACUAAACUGAGAACGUUU